AUGGUAACAUCGGAGCAAGUGUCGGAACUCGCCCAUUCGUUUGAAGCUGACAGCGUGAGCCCUCCAACAUGCACAACCAGCGACCGCAGCAAUACCUCUGAGAAAAGUGACGAUGGUGAUAAUACAGAGGAAGAUGUACCCACUGCUGCCUGGUCAGACCCCAGUUUCCUCCCGGAACCAGUGCAACCACGUGACAGCAAGCCAUCACACUACUCUGCUCAUGAAACUCGAAUGUCUCUCGCUCAAGCUUUUGCACACAACGCAGAGACGAAGAUUGAGUUCCUGGAAGCUAUACUCGAGGAAGAAAAACGCCAGUGGAAUGAAAAUCAUGCUAUAUUGAAGCUGCAGAUGCUUGAUGACUUGCAGGAGCGCCGUACGGCCCGCAAACAGGAGCUCCUUAUAGAGCUGAUCCGACAGCAGAAAAGGCCGGAGGAGAUUACCAUGUUCAUGAAGCUAGCUGAGUAG